AUGGAUUCAUUUAACGAGGAAAUGUUUUCUACAAACUCACUAACAAAUAACAAAGGUUGUUUAGAAGAAAAUUCACUUCAUCAUCAUGACUUUUGGACAUUGAAUAAUAGUUUACAUUCACCAAGGCGAACAAUUGAAGUAGAUCAACUAACAAAUUGUGAUAUAAGUAAAUUUCAUCACAAUAAUGAAGAUAAAUUGAUUAGAUCAUGUGUGUCAUUUUUAAAAAGAAAAUUUAAUCGAUCUAUUAGCAUCAAUUAUGGUACAAAAAUAUCAGAACAAUCUAUUGAAUCUACUGAAAUGGAUUUAAGUAACUCAUCAUAUUCAACGGAACAACUGAUUAAACCAAAACCAUCUCAUACUAUAUUUAUAUUAUAUUGUGAAUUUUCUACAAAACGUGCAUCACAAUUAUUUUAUCGUUCACGUAAUCAUGACAGACUAUUACAUUUCAAUUCAUAUCCUGCAUUAAAAUAUCCAUUUGUUUAUAUAUUACAUAGUGGUUAUUCAACUUUUUAUAAAAACUACACUCAUUUAACAUCAAAACCAUUUUCAUGUUCCAUAUGUCAUCGAGGCUUUUGUCAAUCACGUUCAUUAGAAAAUCAUAAACGAUCAAACCAUCCAAUUAAAAAAGAUGAAACCGGUACAAAAUUCAAUGAUAAUCAUUCGACUAGAUUGAUUUAUACAACAGCUAAUAUUAUUCCUAUAAAUGACAUGAAUACUACUACUACUACUCCUAAUAACAAUAAUAAUAAUAAUAAUAAUAACAAUAGUAGAACUAGUACUAGUAUGAAUACCUGUACUACAAAUUGUGACAGUACCUCAGUUAUUGUAUGUCUGUAUAAUAGUAUUAUUAAUAAUAAUAACGAUAAUAAUAAAAUACCUGCUAAUAUCGAAUUUAGGAAGCAGCAGAGCGAAUGGAAUUCUAAAGAUUCCACUGUUUUUCCAACAUCGUAUUAUCAUCCUUCGUCCGACCCUGCUGCUAUUCAUAAUGUAAAUAAUUCUAAUCAAGAAAAUAAUACGCAUGUACAAUCAUCUCAUCCACAAUAUGAUGGUGAUGAAGAAGACGAGGAAGUGGAAAUAAAUGUUGAAUUAGCUUCAAUGUUAGAAAAAUGCAAUCGAGCAUAUGAAUGUCCAACAGUUAAAAUGAACUUAAUGAAAGAUCAAUAUGAACGUCGACAUACAAUAACUGAGAAUUCACUUCAUCAUUAUCAUUUUUGGACACUGAAUAACGGCUUAAAUUCACCAACGCGAACAAUUGAAUUAGAUCAACUAACAAAUUGGUUAAUUGAGAUGAAAUCAAUGAUUUUAAAAACUGAUAUAUUUUCCAAAAGUCACUAUUUAUACAAUAAAGAUAAUCGGGAUAGUGAAUUUACUCAACAAUUUGUACGUUUAUGUAAAUUAUUACCUCAAAUGACAAAUGUCAAACCAACAUCAUCAUCGUCAUCUUUGCAAACAAUCGGUAAUAAAACUGAUAUUCUAAAUUUACUACGAUUUUAUAAACAAACUAAUAAACAAUGGUUACAACCAAAGAAAUCCAUCGAAUUGAAUACAAAUUUACAUGUUGGUCUACAUGAUUCAUUAGUUCAUUUAAUUCAUAAUGAUGAUGAUAAUAAUGAUUAUGCCGACAUAACUAGUGCAACAACAUUUAAUGAAGCUAUUUUCAAAGCAUCUAUUGAAUGGUACAAUAGUGAUACACUACCUAAGCAUCGUCAACUUUAUUGGAUUGAAUUAUUUGAAAGAGUAUGA